AUGGCUGUACAAUAUGGGCAGCAGAUGAUCUUUCAGCAUGUAGUAGAAAAGCUCGAAACGACGCUUCGUGAGAGAUGCAACGCUAAUAUCCACGGGGUGUCCAGUAGAGACUUGCCUAAUGAACAUCCAGCAGACGUAAGCGCCGCAGCUGAAACCAUCAAACUGGAUGGGAUUGUUUUGAAGGAUCACGUCGUACUCGUAGUAGAUCCGCUUUGCAUGAGCUUUCACAACAACGCAACACCAAUGAAAAUUCGAGAAGUUCAACGGGAGCAGUACCGUAUCGACUCCAUCUUCACGGGCCAUCUUUAUUACUCGUUCGAGUGUGGCGUGGUCAGCCACAGGCUCUUCGGUCCGCGUUCGCUUGGAUCUUGCUACUGCUGA